AUGAGUGAACUGCUGGCCAAGAUUUCGCCUUCAUCAUCAACAGUGCCAAGUUCUAAGUCAUUAGAUCGAAAGACAUUUCAGCUAUCAAGUAGCAGUGCGCCGACUCUGCCAAAGGUUACUCAGUUUGAAAAGAGUAAUGAGAAGAGGACGUCACCGUCAAGUAAAAAUUUUCUUUCAGACCUCAAGAGCUUCAAUAUAGAUAGAUCACAAUAUAAGCAUUACGGUCAUCAGUCACUGCUUAAUGCGCAAGCAAUAGAAAAAAUAAUACUUAAUUCAACUGAAGAUGAAGUCAAGUCAACCGCUAAAGAUGACCCAAAUAUAGCAUUGGAUAGUUCGAGAGCUAAUAAUAGAAUCAUAAUUGACGAACGUAUAUCUGAGAUCCUUGGAAUACCUCCACAAAUGGUUGAUGAAGAAUCCAUCUGGCCAUAUAAUACAGAGACUUUGAAUGAGAUCUUGAAGUUGAAAACAGAACAAGAGAGGACUAGACAGGAAACUAUUAGAUCGGAAUACGGAGCUACUGCCGUUGAACUUUUGAAACUAGCCAGGUCAAUGAAUAUUCAUAGUGACUUGGUCCCUUUCCUAUUUGUAAGUAAUACAUCUGUGGAAGAUUUGGGUCUAAAAAUAGAAAGAAUCCAGAGAGACGCCCACGAAGUAAUAAAUGAAAUUACUGCGAAAGCAAGAGAAUUGACGCCGCAAAUGAAAGCGCACAAGAGAAAGCAUUCCGAUAUUAACUUGCCGUCUUUUUAUGAGACUGCGGAAAAGAUUAGACCUCCCAGUAGUCAAGCAUCUCCCCUGAGGUCACCGAUAAAACUGCCACCCAUCAUUCAUCGCAGGGUUAUUUCUGAUAAUAGUGGAGUAACUGAAAAAGAGACGCAAGCCUUGCAAACUGCAAGGCAACAAUCACCGAUAAUUCUGAAACAGCAUCUGCCGCAGCAACAAACUCAAACUAUGCAAACAAAUAUGUAUCCAAUAUACUACGCAUCUGGCCCUCAAGGUGCAGCAUCUGGACAACGGAGUCAGUCUCAGUCAAACGAGGUGACAACCUCUAAAUCAUUGGGAUCACCUUAUGCUCAAAAAUACAAUGCAAUGAAAUUUCCAUUGACCCAAAAUACAUUUCAGCCUGCUCCUAACUAUAUCCCACAGUACCCUUACUUUGUUUCGUCUCCACCUAACAACCCUCCGUUUAUGAUGCAAGGUCAAAUUCCUCCAGGUAUCGUUCCUGCGGCGCCGAUUCAUCAUUUCCGUUCACCUGACCUGGAAAGGCCCCCCACUUCAGGGGGCUCUGUUAGGGGCCCUGUUUUUGAGCCAGAAGAUGCGAGUCCGUAUAAGAAGCAAAAAUCAUCGAGGAAUUCAAGUAUCAAUUUUAUGAUUACAACUCCUAAGAACCCACCAGCUCGUAAAUAUAACAACCCCCCAAAAGACAAAUCUGGUUGA